AUGUUGAUGAUUGCUGAUGCUGAACAAGAUUUACACUUACUAUGUUCAGAAUCUCAAUUUAAGGCUUCAGGCUUUUCUGCUGUUCAGAAAUUAUCAACUCAAAUACAAACCAGUUACACCACUCCUAUUGACACAAGCCAGGUUGGUAGCGUGAAAAUGCCUCGUACUCUCGUGGACGAGAUGGCUAGAUCUCUUCUGCCAGAAAACAAAACGUAUUCUGCAAUUCAGCCAAUCAAAACGACCGGUGAUGGGAACUGCCUAUUCAACGCAGCAAGUAAAAGUAUUUGUGGAAAUGAAAGAAUGGCGUCAGAAUUAAGAUUGCGAACAUCUUUUGAGUUGAUUAACAACCAAGAAUUCUACUCUAAUCAUCCUGCUGUAAUUGAACUGAAAAUCGUGACCCAAUCUGGAAAACUAUGGCCUAAAGCAUCUAUAUAUGAUGUUGCUAUUUUUAAUAAUAUUAUCAAGAAAGGUGUGACAGCACGUCGAUUCGAAGAAGCCUUGCAAACAGAAACGCUCGUAACUCUUAAGAAAUGUGCUUUUUCAGGCAUCUUACAGAUAAUGGGAUUAGCGUCAGCAAUAAACUGUACAAUUAAAAUGAUCUACCCAGACAAGCGUCAUACACUACAUGAUCUGCUUAAUGGUACGUUCAAACCGCGCCUUUGUCAAAGUUGGAAUCCAGUUAUAACCAUUAUGUGGACAAAUGUGGGAGGAUGGCUUGACAGAACACGCAGUUUCCAUCCGAAUCAAUUUGUUCCUCUGCUUCCUCUUACCGGCAACUGCAAUGUAUGGACGACAGUUUCGAGCAAAAACAAGCGUAAGCGUUCUUCGCCAAGUCACACAUGCGAUGAGAAAACUGAUUAUCCCAGCGCAACAUGUUCAAGAACGAAGAAACCGGGACUUCGCCAUCUUGGUGACUUCUUUCCAUCCACGCUUCGGACUUUAACCUCCUUUCAAGACAGAAACCUUCAAAGGCAGAUCAUCCAGUACAAGGAUUUGCAGAACAGUCUGACCUAA